AUGGUAACUUCCGCACCAACAGGGUUGUCCAAGGAUCCCCUCAUCCCCAAAGACAGCAACAACGCCACCGUCGCCGCGGGUAGCAACAGUGGCCUCGAGGACCCCGUCGAACAGACUUUGGGAGGCAAGACGUACUCCAUUGACACGUCUCAGUUGAUUAUUCGUCGCAAUGAAAAGUUCAAAAAGCCUCUCUGGAAAAGUAUUCUUAAGUCCGGAGCAAUGAUCUUGGCCAUCCCUGUCAUCAUUCCAACAGCUGCGCUCUAUGUGGCCAGCAUGUAUUUCGGGCCGUCCUGGUAUCGGAACAAGGUCAUCGAAGCCACAGUCAGUAAUGUUAUGAAGAGCGUUGGAGAACUCUUUGAUGUCGAACGAAAGGAACUUCUUGAAGAGAAUAUUGGUCCCAACGAUGCUAUUUUGGACCUAGGCGCUGGAUCAGGCAAUUACCUCAAAUUUCUCUCUAAAGGUCGACGCCUGGUUGGCAUUGAACCUGUCGCAAACUUUCACCAAGGCUACAAGAAGGCAGCCAUCGAGGCAGGCUUGAACGAGUCUCAAGUGGAAAUGCAUGCUUGUGACAUUGAAACAUAUGUUCAAAAUUAUCCACAAGAAAAGUCUUCCUUUGACUUGGUGGUUUUGGGGAAUGUCCUAUGUGAGGUAUCCGAUCAAAUGACAACCUUGAGCUGUGUGCACCAACUUUUGAAGCCCGGUGGACAUGUCUACUUCUCUGAGCAUCUUGGGAUGCCCAAAGGAACUUUUGCUCGUCGUGUUCAAGACUUUGUGAAUCCGUUGUGGAGGACUGCAGGCGGUGGCUGUAACUGCAACAGAGACAGCCUUUUGAACAUUCGUCGCACUCCUGGCUGGCAAGUCAUCUCAUGGCAAUACUAUGGUUUCAAGGUCGGCUUGGGUCCCUGGGUCCUCGGCUUGGCCAUGAAAGACCACGCUGAGACGAGCAAUGAUUAA